AUGUUAAAGAUAAGAGGAUCCCGACACGCGGUUCGCGCGUUCAAUCGAUCAGUCGUUCUGUCGAAAGCAUCAGGAUCGGCGAUCAUGUCGAGCGAGCUGGACAUCAGGAAUUACUUUGAGUUUGCCAAAGAGUUAAUCUUGAAAGCAGGCGAAGUAUUUAAAUGCGGUUUUGAAGGAGAGAAAAUUGUAGAAAGUAAAGCUCAUGAAUGGGACCUUGUUACAGAUUAUGAUAAAAAAAUUGAAGAUAUAUUGAUCAAAAGUCUGAAAGAAAAAUUUCCAGAUCAUGAAUUCAUUGGAGAAGAGACUACGGCUAGCGUUAAAAAUGCGCCAGUGUUAACAGACAAACCUACGUGGCUUAUAGAUCCCAUAGAUGGAACUAUAAAUUAUAUAAAUGCAAAUCCGAACACCUGUAUUUCCGUCGCCCUAGCAGUUUGCAAGAAAAUCGUAGUAGGAAUUAUUUAUAAUCCAAUCACUUCAGAACUGUAUACCGCGAUUAAAGGACACGGCGCAUUUCUAAACGACAAACCUAUUAAAACUUCACGCAAUACUGAACUAAGAAAGUCUUUGAUAGAGCUCGAGUUAUUCUCGCUUCGCAUUGCUUCAAAAAACCGAGAUAUCAGAUGGGGAAGAUUCGAAGCUCUUCUUAAUGCUUCACAAGGAAUUAGAUUUUUGGGAUCAGCUGCGAUGGCUCUAGCAUACGUAGCAAAAGGCGCGAUAGACUGCUUUCAAAUGGAUCAUCUUCAACCUUGGGACGUAGCAGCGGGAGUGCUGAUUAUUUGUGAAGCAGGUGGCACGGUAAUUGACACUAAAGACGAGGAAUAUAAUGUGAUGAAACCAAAAACAAUUGCUGCAGCAAAUGAAACACUAGCAAUGGAAAUAAAGCAACUGAUCACUGAUACUGAUCUGAAAAUAAUGAGGAAGAGAUUGACCAGGACGUGAUCAAAUUCUAAAUGGAGAAUCAGCUCGAUUAUUAUAUAUUCUAAUUAUUAUGUACUGAAUAAAAGUAUUAUUAUAUUCUUAAUAAUUUUGUUUAACCAUUGAUACCUCUUCUUCUAAUUGAAAGAACAGGAUAAUUUUCAAAAGUAAAAUAACGUGAAAGCAAUGCACUGCUUAAAAGAAGAAUGUCAAGAUUUAUUUGGAGUAUUGAGAGACAAAGGUAAAUAACAUGAUUCAUGGAGCUUACAAGAGUCGCAAACAAGAGCUGUGAAAAUUCUAACCAACCGAGUAUACUUUAAUUGAUCCUAAAAAAUAAAAUAAGGGAAUGUAAUCUAAAAAAUUCGAAUGAUUCAUAAGAGAACCUAGAUAAUGAUUGUUAAGAAUUUGAUCGACCUAUGAGUAAGUACCAUACAAAUGAUUUAUUCAAACUACAAAAGUAACGUUGGUGAGCAAAAUGUUCAAAUAUUAUCUAAUAAAAAUAUUAUGGAAAUUUGA